AUGCCACCAUCGUCGGAGUACAUUUGCGAGCGUUGCCCGCUGGCUAAUGGUCGGAAUCACCGCUUCCCGAAACUGCAACGCCUGGCGCAUCAGGCCGCCAUUGUGCGUUCACUAGAGCAGUCAUCUCCGGCGACCGUGCCAUCGGCAGAUCGCCAUCAACCUCCAUCGCCUGUGCUUGACAAUGAAUUGAGCGAGGAGAUCAGCGGACUAUCCAUUCCCGAAGCUCAGUCAGACGCCCCACAGGAUCCUGUCGACAUGGAACUGCAAAGGCUAGCCAGCCUCUUCACUGGGCUUGUCUUGCUGGACGACGGUGCUCAUCCCCAUCGUCAAACGCACUCCAAGCUCUUCAGCUCUCGGGAUGAAUAUCAAACCGAUGUACCUGAAGUGCCGACCGCGUUCACGCCGAUCCCACCCAGUGAGGCUCUCGUCGGCGUGCAAGCAAUUCUGCAGGGCCAAUCGUCUCCUCUGCGACCGACAGUCGUCGACACCCAGAAAGUCAAUUCGAAACUCCUGCAGGAUAUGCUCUCGCGAAUUCGUGCAUCCAGCAAUGAACUCGGUAUCCAGAGGGCUCUCGAUUCGGAUGCCCAAACGGUCGGUGCCUUGACGAUUGCUGUCAACACCGCAAGCUCUGUCGUCAUUGAGGCAGGCCGUCUCCUCUCUAGCGUCAAUUCAGCUGGAGACCAAAACCCUCGCAACUCGAAGAGGCAUGCUCGUGCAUCGCAUGCGAACACGGAUGUUUUGGCAAAACAAGUGCAGGACGAGGCGAUGGCUCUCGACUCUCUCGUCGAUGUCAUAGGUUGUCUUCUUCCUCCAGAUACGAGCGAAGUGGAGUACGACACUGCGCAUCAUUUUGACAAUCCUAUCGCUAAAUUCAGUGUUGUGGCCCAACUCUCCAUCCUCCUGGCCCUUAUCUGCCACGUCGUCGUAGGAAUCAGCAAUGACCCAGUCAAUCUCAUCAUCACAUUUGAGCACGUUCUGAACGAACUGCCCACCUCCCUCGAGACUGCUCUCCGCAGGUUCAAGAUUGACCCUGCGACGAUUGUUUAUGCGAUGUGCCCAAGUUGCCAUCACACACACGCAGCGAAGAAGGACCGUCUCAGUGCGGAAGCUUCUUAUCCGGAGCAUUGCCAAGGAUACAUUUAUCCCCAGCGAGGAACCCGCCAUGUCUGUGGGACUUCCAUUCUGGCACUGGGGCAUGGGAAGAUGCGUCCAAUCAAACCGUUUGUCUUCAGCUCGUUCGUCGACUACAUUGCUGCCACUCUAUCUGAUCCUGAACUGGAGCGAAUGUGCGAGAAAGCAUGCGACGAUGCCCUUGCUGCGGUGCGCACAGCCAUGUCCAAAAAUCCAGACGGACCUCUAGCAGAAGAACAAGUGAACAACGUUUUCGAAGCCGCAUUCCUUCGAAGUUUUCCAGGACCUGUACCUGGCAAGCUCUUCAUACAACGGGAGGGUCGUCUCCGUCUCGCAUUCCAGGCCAUGCUGGACUUCCUAAACCCCAAUGGAACGCGCAAACGCGGUAAUCACGACUCCAUCGGGAUCCUUGCCGUCGUCAACCUCAAUCUCUCCGAGGAUAUUCGUUAUCGCCCUGAGAAUAUGUGGCUUAGCAUUAUCCUUGGUCCCAACGAGCCUAAUCACGAUCAAAUCGACAACUACCUUCGUCCACUCAUUGACCAGUUUGUCAUUGGCUGGGAGCGAGGCUUUCGUCUUUCCCGCACAGCGCUUCACGCCACCGGUCGUGAUGUGGAUAUCGCGAUGGUCAUCAAUGUCAACGACCUACCUGCUACUCGGAAGGCUCAAGGUAUGGCGGCCGCCAACUCGAAUCACUUCUGUUCCAUGUGCGAUCGUUUCGGGAUCCACUGUAUGUACGACACGGACUUUUCCACGUGGACGCGCCGCAAUAUCUCCGUCCUCCGUGCUCAAUCUCAUGCAUGGCGAGACGCACCGACGCAAUCUGCCCGAGACGCAAUCUUUUCGGAGUACGGUGUGCGCUGGUCUGAAUUCUGGAGACUUCCUUACUGGGAUCCGACUCGCAUGGCAGUUGUCGACUCCAUGCACUGCAUCUUGGAGGGACUGGUUCAUUACCACUGUCGUAGAGUACUCCGAAUCGAUACUAAAGUUGCCAAACGCAAAGAAACCAUGGGCGCCGCAUUCGAACACAACUGGCCGGACUACGACGCUACAAUCUGUCAUCCACUGUGUGUAUUGAAGAAAGAAGCGAAAGAACUACCGAUGAUCCGUACCAUUCAGCAACGGCUUGUGCAGCCGUUACUUGUGGAAGACGCCGGCGAGGACAGCGAUGAGGCGGAACAAGAUGAAGAUGUGGACAUGGACGACACUUCCGAUCCGCGAUUUGUUCCUGCGGUCACUGAAGAGGAGAUGCGUGAGCAACUAAUGAGGCUCAAUCUCCAGCCCCUUCGCUGGGUAGUUCAUUCUCUCGGUCUCAACACGGAACCAGCUCGUAUCUCAUCCAAGAAGCUGUGUUGUGAACAGCUACUGGCUUGGCCCCUCACCAAUAGCACAUAUGUACCACGCGCCAUCAAUCUGGCCAAUAUCCAUUUCAUCCAGCGUGUGAUCGGAAAGACCACGACGCCAGCCUGGGUAGAUUCUGUUCCGUCCAAUUACGGUGAUAGCAAUGCGGGCACCAUCAAGGCAGCCGAGUGGCGUAUCCUCUCGACUAUCUACCUUCCCAUUGCCCUCGUUCUCCUUUGGGGUGACAAUCCUCUGGACUCACAAUCACCUCCAGACCCGCAACACACACGUCUGAUACAAAUGCUCGACCAUACGAUGGCAUUGUUCAGUGCAGUCAUUCUCGUCUGUCGGUACACUAUGACACGCUCGCGCGCAACCAAAUAUCGGGCUUUUCUGAAGCAUUGGGUCGACACUCUCUACGAAAAUCAUCCGCACACCCGAUCCCAUCCCUUGCGACCAAACGUUCACAUGGCAUUCCACUUGUACGACUUCCUCUUACUCUUUGGUCCCGUCAUUUCCUGGUGGUCCUUUCCAUUUGAAGGUGUAAUCGGGCUUCUUCAGAGGAUCAAUACCAAUAAUCAUAUCGGUGGAGAACUUGAAGCCACGUUAUCACGAUCCUUCCUGCGCGGAGCAAGCAUCCGUCGCUGGUUGCGUCGAGAUGACUGUCCACCAGUCUUCCAUGAGCUGAAAGCCCUCUUCGAGAAAACCUUCCCAUCUUACAAUACGCCUUUGGACUCUGCUCCCCUCGCCAACGAUGGUGAACGUGCGCAUUACAAACGAAACGGCAUCAACUUCUCUCGUGCCAAAACACACUUAGGAAACAGCCUUGUUCUCUACUAUCCCCACAAGUCGAGACACGCCAUUGCUGGGAGCAUUGAAGUGAUCUCUAUGCGUGGUGAAGAUGUCACGUUCAGGAUUCGACGACAAGCACCAUUGGCUCCUGGUAUCCAUGAUCCAUUCGCUCGCUAUUGGCCGUACUUCCCUGCACGCACGUAUUCUUCUUCAAUGAGCGAUACAGUAGACUUGAUCCCCCUUCACAAUGUUAUAUCUCACUAUGCGCGUUUCAAUUUCUCUGAUGGUCGAUGCGUUGUCCUUGAUCUAGCCACUAGUUAG